GAGGAGAGGAAGAGGAGGAGUAGGAGGGGAGGGGGGGGGAAAGCCUUUUUAAUUCAUUUUCGUUCCAAAUUCCGCAUUUCGAGUCUCUGCAGCUAGCCGGACUUGUGGUGGUGGUAGUGUGGGUGGUGGUUGUGCGUGGGGUGUUUUGUUUUUUUGGGUUUUGUUGGUUUUUUUCCUUCCUUCUUCCUCCCUCCUCGCUGAGCGGGGAGAGGAGCCGGGGGGGAUCCCGCCAGGGUAGCCCCGUCCCCCGGCGGAGGGACGGCGAGAAGCUGUUGUUGUUUUGUAAUAAGAUUGUCUGGGUCGCGCCCCCCCCUCCUUCCCACCCCUCACCCCCCCCCACCCCCCCCGCAGCCCUCACGGUUUUUUUUGUGUGUGUGUGUGUUGUGUGCGCGUUCCCUCCCGUGUGCGGUGUUUGAAAAUGGAGGUUGAAGAUGCGGACUGCCAGCCCCGAUGUGCCUCAUGUUUGCGGCUCCUGUGCACCAUGUACCACUGCAGCCAGCGCUGAGGGGGAGACGGCGGCGACCCCCGCCCCGCCGCCCCGGAGCCCGCCCCGCCGGAGACAGCGUCGCCCCGGGGCUUUCAUGCCUUGUUGUUGUUGCCGUUAAUACAUCUUGAAUAUCUUGUGUAUUUUUGGUGUGGUGUGGUUGCUCCGGAAGAUCAACACCCAGGGACCUCAAAAACCCUCCGGUUUGCCAGUCCGAAGGGUCUUGUGUGUGGUUUUUUUUUUUUUUCCAUUUCUUGAGGCAACGUGGAUUUAUUUAUCCGGCCCCGCUUCUCGUCUGCCUUUUGCCUCCUUCGUUAUUUUUAGAGGACGGAGAGAGAAAAGAAAGCGAACAAUUUUGGACUUUUUUUUUUUUUUUUUUCGGAAAGGGGGAUUUAGUCCAAUUAAAAAAAGAGGAAUGAAGUCUGGCGCUGGAGGAGGGUCCCUCGCCGUCGUCUGGGGGUUUCUGCUCGUCUUCGCCGCACUUUGUCUGUGGCCAACAAAUGGGGAAAUUUGCGGGCCAAAUGUUGACAUUCGCAAUGAUAUCCAUGAGCUGAAACGCCUGGAGAACUGUACGGUAAUUGAGGGUUUCCUUCAAAUUCUGCUCAUCUCUAAAGCAGAGGAUUACCGCAACUUCCGCUUCCCAAAGCUCACUGUCAUAACUGACUAUUUGCUGCUGUUCCGUGUGGCAGGCUUGGAAAGCCUCAGUGACCUCUUCCCCAACCUUACAGUCAUUCGUGGGAGGAACCUCUUCUACAACUAUGCCUUGGUUAUCUUUGAAAUGACAAAUCUUAAAGAGAUUGGGCUUCACAAUUUGAGGAACAUAACCCGCGGGGCCAUACGGAUUGAGAAGAACUCUGACCUGUGUUACCUCUCCACGGUGGACUGGUCUCUCAUCCUAGAUGCAGUGUCCAAUAACUACAUUGUUGGGAAUAAACCUCCAAAGGAAUGUGGGGACUUGUGUCCAGGAACAAUGGAAGAGAAGCCAUUGUGCGAGAAGACAUCUAUUAACAAUGAGUACAACUACCGCUGCUGGACCACCAACCACUGCCAGAAAAUGUGCCCCAGCUCAUGUGGCAAGCGAGCCUGUACAGACCAAAAUGAGUGUUGCCAUCCCGAAUGCUUGGGGAGCUGCACGGCACCCGACAACAACACCGCCUGUGUGGCCUGCCGCAAUUACUACUACGAAGGCGUCUGCAUGCCCACCUGCCCUCCCAACACCUACAAGUUCGAGGGCUGGCGCUGUGUGACUAAAGAGUUCUGCUCCAAAGUCCCUGCCACCGAAACAAGCGAAUAUGAGAGGUUUGUGAUUCACAACGACGAGUGCAUGGCAGAAUGCCCCUCCGGAUUCAUACGCAAUGGGAGCCAAAGCAUGUUCUGCAGUCCUUGUGAGGGGCCUUGCCCCAAAAUUUGUGAGGACGGGAAAACGAAGACCAUUGACUCCGUCACGUCAGCACAAAUGUUGCAGGGAUGCACGAUUCUCAAGGGAAAUCUGCUGAUUAACAUCCGUCGUGGAAAUAAUAUCGCCUCAGAACUGGAGAACUUUAUGGGUCUGAUCGAGACAGUAACAGGGUAUGUGAAGAUUCGCCAUUCCCAUGCGUUAGUCUCCCUGUCUUUCUUGAAGAACCUGCGGUAUAUUCUGGGAGAGGAACAGGUGGACGGGAAUUAUUCCUUCUACGUGCUUGACAACCACAAUCUUCAGCAGCUGUGGGACUGGAACCAUCAUAAUUUGACGAUCAAGGAGGGAAAAAUGUACUUUGCAUUUAAUCCUAAACUGUGCGUUUCUGAGAUUUACCGCAUGGAGGAAGUUUCAGGAACCAAGGGACGACAGAGCAAAGGAGAUAUAAAUCCAAGGAACAAUGGGGAGAGAGCCUCUUGUGAAAGCCACAUUCUGCGUUUUGUUUCCAACACUACGCUUAAGAAUCGGAUUAAACUAACAUGGGAACGGUAUCGCCCUCCAGAUUACAGAGAUCUCAUUAGCUUCACUGUUUACUACAAAGAAGCACCAUUUAAAAAUGUGACAGAAUACGAUGGGCAAGAUGCAUGUGGCUCCAAUAGCUGGAACAUGGUCGAUGUUGACCUGCCACCGAACAAAGAGAACAAUCCUGGAAUUCUACUGCAGGGAUUGAAACCUUGGACUCAAUACGCCAUUUAUGUCAAGGCUGUUACCCUCACGAUGAUGGAAAACCAUCAUAUUCAUGGAGCAAAAAGUGAAAUUGUGUAUAUACGAACCAAUGCUGCAGUGCCAUCCAUUCCCUUGGAUGUUAUUUCAGCAUCCAACUCCUCAUCCCAGCUGAUUGUGAAAUGGAAUCCUCCCUCUCUUCCCAAUGGCAACCUCUCAUAUUACAUCGUACGCUGGCAGCAGCAACCUCAGGACAGUUACCUUUACAGACACAAUUACUGCUCCAAAGAUAAAGUCCCAAUUCGAAGGUAUGCUGAUGGGACCAUUGAUACAGAAGAAGCUACUGAACCCACCAAGCCAGAGGGCUGUGGGGGAGAAAAAGGACCUUGUUGUGCUUGUCCCAAGACAGAGGCAGAAAAACAGGCUGAGAAGGAGGAAGCAGAGUACCGGAAAGUCUUUGAGAACUUCCUUCACAACUCCAUCUUCGUCCCCAGACCCGAUCGGAAGCGGAGGGACGUGUUCCGAAUCGCAAAUGCCACUUUGGCUACUCGAAACAGGAAUGCGACUGGGACAGAUCACUUCACCAAUGUUUCUGACACAGAGGAGAGUGAGGUGGAAUACCCGUUCUUUGAGACCAAAGUGGAUGGCAAGGAGAGAACUGUCAUCUCCCAUCUCCAGCCUUUUACCCUUUACCGCAUUGAUAUUCACAGCUGCAACCAUGAAGCUGAUACACUUGGCUGUAGCGCUUCCAACUUUGUUUUUGCAAGAACCAUGCCUUCAGAGGGAGCAGAUAACAUUCCAGGAACGGUAGCAUGGGAAGCAAAAGAAGAAAAUACCGUCUACUUGAAGUGGUUAGAGCCUACAAAUCCAAAUGGGCUGAUACUAAUGUAUGAAAUCAAAUAUGGGCAGCAUGGAGAGGAGAAGCGGGAAUGUAUUUCCAGACAGGAAUACAAGAAGCUUGGAGGAGCUAAACUAACUCAUCUGAACCCCGGAAACUAUUCUGCUCGAGUUCAGGCCACUUCAUUAGCUGGAAAUGGGUCGUGGACUGAGCCAGUCUCUUUCUAUGUGCAACCCAAAUCAGCAAACUAUGGAAACUUCCUGCACUUGAUAAUUGUGCUCCCUAUUGCUUUCCUGCUCAUCAUUGGGGGAUUGCUGAUAAUGCUGUACGUCUUCAACAAAAAGAGGAACAGUGACAGACUGGGCAAUGGAGUACUUUAUGCUUCUGUGAACCCCGAGUACUUCAGUGCUUCGGAUGUGUAUGUUCCAGACGAAUGGGAGGUGCCCCGUGAGAAGAUCACCAUGUGUCGGGAGCUUGGGCAAGGUUCCUUUGGGAUGGUGUACGAGGGAAUAGCCAAGGGAGUGGUGAAGGAUGAGCCAGAGACCAGGGUGGCCAUCAAGACUGUUAAUGAGUCUGCAAGCAUGCGUGAGAGGAUAGAGUUCUUAAAUGAGGCCUCGGUGAUGAAGGAGUUCAACUGUCACCAUGUGGUUCGGCUGCUUGGUGUUGUUUCUCAGGGCCAGCCUACGCUGGUUAUCAUGGAGCUGAUGACACGUGGGGACCUCAAAAGUUACCUGAGAUCAUUGAGGCCAGACACAGAGAGUAAUCCUGGCCAGGCGCCUCCAACUCUGAAGAAGAUGAUUCAGAUGGCAGGAGAGAUUGCUGAUGGGAUGGCAUACCUCAACGCCAACAAAUUUGUUCACAGAGACCUUGCUGCGAGAAACUGCAUGGUGGCAGAAGACUUCACAGUGAAAAUUGGAGAUUUUGGCAUGACAAGAGAUAUCUACGAGACAGAUUAUUAUCGCAAAGGAGGGAAAGGUUUGCUGCCUGUCCGCUGGAUGUCCCCAGAAUCACUGAAAGAUGGAGUCUUCACAACACACUCCGACGUCUGGUCUUUCGGUGUUGUGCUUUGGGAGAUCGCAACGCUAGCGGAGCAGCCAUACCAAGGCAUGACCAAUGAACAAGUGCUCCGCUUUGUGAUGGAAGGAGGUCUGCUGGAAAAACCAGAUAAUUGUCCUGACAUGCUGUUUGAGCUGAUGCGCAUGUGCUGGCAGUACAACCCCAAAAUGAGACCCUCCUUCCUGGAAAUAAUCGGUAGCAUCAAAGACGAGCUGGACCCAGCAUUCAAAGAGGUCUCCUUCUUCUACAGUGAAGAGAACAAGCCUCCGGAUACAGAGGAGCUUGACCUGGAGACUGAGAACAUGGAGAGCAUUCCUUUAGAUCCCUCCUCCACCCUCCAACCCACUGACAAGCACUCAGGACACAAAGCCGAGAACGGCCCGGGCGUGGUGGUCCUUCGGGCCAGCUUCGAGGAGAGACAGCCGUACGCACACAUGAACGGGGGACGCAAGAACGAGAGGGCCUUACCCUUGCCCCAGUCUUCGGCCUGCUGAUCCUUAGAACCAGAAUCUCACAGAAACAAAACACAGAAAAACACAUGCAUCGGGGGAAGAAAGAAAGAAAAAAAAAUUACAAUAUAUUCAAAAGCCUACUGUACCUCAGUGGAUCUUCAGAACUGCCAUAGCUGCACUUGGGAGAACCCUUUUUUCAGUAAACAAGUUAUCGUAUUUUUCUUUUUUCAAUAUGCAAGCAGAUGUUUGUUUCAGUAAAGGACUCCAUUCAUGGGGCACACAGUCGGCCUUUUAAAACUCUAAUGUUAACACUUAAUAGCAACAGAAAACUUGAGAUCUGAUGUCUCUCUCUCUCUCUCUCCUCUCUCUCUCUCUCUCUUUCUGUCUCUCUCUUUGCUUCAUAAUGGGAAACAUAUCUGCGUGCAACUUCAACCGUACAGCACUUUUAUCAGAUCAAAGAUAUCGCAGGCCAGGUGGCUCCCCGCUACCCUUGCGAGCACCUGCCUAACACUGUAGGUCUUUAUAAAAAAACAAACAAACAAAAAAACCAACAAACAAAAAAACCCACAAAAAAAAAAAAAAAACAACAACACUAAAAAAGACUGGAUUUUUAAUGUUGCUCUUUAAUCUUUUUAGGAACAUGUAAAAGAAUAAAAAAGGGCCAUCAUUCGUCCAAGGUUGUUACCAUUUUCAACGCUGCCAAAUUUUGCCAAAAAAAAUGAACUCUGUUUUUUGUUUUUGUUUUGUUUUGGGUUUUUUUUGUAGGCAUGGAAGGAGCACAGUAAUCAGCUGCUCUGUUUAAAAGAGAUCCUGACCAAUACAUUCUAUUCAAUCAUACACUGGUAUUUAAAAAAAAAAAUCAAAAAAAAAAUCAAAUUGUCUAGAUCUUUUUUCAAAACUGGACAAAAUGUGAUUUAUUUUUUUUUCUUGUGAUGGAGAAGAUAAAAGGGAUGGGGUAAAGAAACAGACCUCCCUCCACCCCUGUUCCCAUCCCAAUGAAUUCUGGACAAAACUGGCAGUGGUGAGCUAAAUAAACGUGUGCAUUUCGUACAAAAAAAAAAAAAAAGUCAACCGCACGCCAAAAAUGAAACAUGAAAAACAUGAAAAUAACCGGCAGAGAUCUCCAUCGUUGCAGCCUGCCCUCCUUCACAGGCUUGCAAGGAAAAAAACACCUAGAAACAUAAAUUGGAGAAGACAAAAAAAAGCAGUAACCGGAUUCAAGUAUAUGAUGCUUUGUUGACCUUUUCUCUUUAUUAUUAAGACUUCUCGAAGGGUCUUGCAGUUCUAUGUUAGACCAUGGAUCAUUUGCAUACACAUUGUCUUUUGUGUCACUUUUAUAACUUUUUUACGGUUCAGAUACUCAUCUAUAUGUCUGUACAGAAAAAAGCUGCUAUUUUUUUUGUUCUUUAUCUUUGUGGAUUUAAUCUAUGAAAACCUUCAGGUCUGCCCUCCCUCCUUUCCCUGCCCUCCCCUCCCACUUCAACAAAUUUUCUUAUGCUUUGUACUAUAGUGUGUAACUUUUACUUCCUCCUUCCCAGUAACUGAUACCUUUCAUAUGAUUUGCCAUGAACUGUUUAAUGCCUUUUUAUAAAUACAUUUCCUCUUUUUUCUUUUUUUUUUUUUUUUUUCCAUUAGUUGUUUUGCAUCAUCUUGGCUGUGUGGGCAGCAGGGCUUUUGAGGGGGACAUGGAGAAAGAAGGGACACCCCGCACGGAACCACUCUAGCAGUGCUGUGGUGUGGUGUUUUUAAACCCCGGUUUUCCUUCCUUCCCUCCUUCCUUCCUUCCUUCCUUCCCUCCUUCCUUCCCACUAACCUCUGCCCGGACAGCACGCGAGUCUCUUACAGUGCAAGGCAUGAUACAAACUCAGGUCAGAAAAAAAAAAAAAAGGUUAAAUAUUUAGUACAUUCUCGUUCAGUGUUUAUACUCAUUGUUGUACGAGGGUCCUACCCCUCCUUCCCUCCCCGCUUGUUUUGGUUGUGGCACACAUCCACCCACCCAUCCCCCCCCCCCACACACAUGCGUAUUACUUUUUUUAUUUGUUGGGUACAACAGCAGACACCAGGCUUUUGGGUCACUGAUUUUUAAAGAGACUAUUUUAACCCUUCCACCCCGUGAAUAAGAGCUAUCCCAGUUGCAGCUGGUGAUGCCAGGCAUCUUAGGGUGGCCAUUGAACACCUGGCUCCAGCAAACUCCAGCUCCUCGCCUAAGGAGGAAGCUCCUUCCUAAGGAGGAAUCCCUCCUGGAGGGUGCCCUGGGCUGCGCUUUGCAGCCCCUGCUAAAAAUCCAACCUAACCAAACCCACCACCCCAUUGCCAUGGGGCUGGGUGGAAAGCACGUAGCUGGGGCCAGUGGCUUGGCUAGCAAACGGUUAAGUGUUGGCAGCUAUGGAAACCUGCACAAGUCCAAGCUUGUUGCUUAAAUCGUAGACCAAACCUCAGAACAAGAGCAAAGGAGUGAGCUUGUCUGUUCCGUCGCAGAAGCCUUGGUGCGAGGGGGAAGGAGGGGCCAUCAGAGGUCUACAGCCGAGGAGUGGUACCAGUCGCUCAGCUUACCUUAGUUACAGCAUCUAAGCCUUUGUUUCGCACUGAUCCAACCAAACGAUGGCAGUGAAGAGGUGGUUCUGGGAUGGAAACGUCUAAAUCUUUUGAGUAAGAACAAAGAAUUUAAAAUAUACUGAUUGCUAGUUUUGACUGGAGAUUUUAAAAAGUUUGUAGUGCUUUUUGCUUGUGUAGUUUAGGUCCCAUUAUCUUCUCUUGCCUCUGUCCCAUAGUUAUUUUUCACUUUUAAAAAUGAAAAAGACAAAAAAGUUAAUUAAGAAGGUAUUCUAUGUAGGAUUUUUUAUUUAUUUUUGUGAUAUCAGUUUAAAUCACUGUAGAGAUGCCCCAUAAUAAAUUUAAAUACUGAGAUAAGGGUUUUUGAGUAUGACAGGGGGACAGUUUUUGAUUUUUUUCAAACAUUUAUCUACCUCACUCUUAUUUUUUUAUAUGUGUGUAUAUACAAAAAAUACAUCUCACAUUUCUCAGCAGCCAUUAAAUGCCGUUGAUACUGGUAACCUCUCACUCCAUAUACCACAUGCUCUAGGUUCUGGAGGGGAACAGUCACUGCCUGUCACAAAGGGUCACUUCAGAAUAUUUGCCUCAAUUCCAGGGAGUUUCUCCAAUUUUUUUUUUUUUUGGUUCGGAUUCAUUAUUGUGAGGAGAAAUCCAAGCGUUGUCUGACUGAGGGUGACCAUUCUCUAAGGAAACACGGAGACUUUUUAAUGUGCUGUCACGGCAGUCCUCGUGUCAGCAGCAAAAUGCUGCGUGUUUAGAUGAGUGUAGACGUAGCUGACCUGAUGCGAGGACUUCAAAUUACGAGUAUUUGAUGAAAUCUGUUACAGAAAUCAAUUGUUUACAAUGUUUGAAGGUCCAGAGGAAUGGCUAGAGUAAAGGGAAUGGCCUUUCUGUUUGUCCUGUAGAAUGGGCGAAGUCAUUCCUGCCAGUUUUCCCUCAGAUGCCACAAGCACCAAAAAGACAUUUGGCUGAAUCAGCACCUAAAAAGCAAUUGUCUGGUCCAGCACUCGCCUUGCUUUCUUGACCAAAAAAAGAGAAAAAACCUGUCACGGGCUGCCUGAUGAUACUACUACAUCGAGUUUACAGCUUUGGAUCUUUGCUGCUUCUGUUUGAUGAGAGCACUGAUUUCUUUUUUUUCUUUUUUUCUUUUUUUUUUUUUUCAAAACUAACAUUGAAUUGAUUUCUUUUGACGUGCCAGUAAAAAAUUCAAUUCCCUUUUCUUCCCCCAUUUAUAUGCUUCAUAACUGUGGAUUCUGAUGGACCAGCCAUCAAAUUUUAACUGCCCUCUGACAGCGUGUAACUGGUUUACAAGCACACCGGACUAACACGAGCUUGCCGUCAACUUGAUGGAUAAUGUUCCUCUUUUUCCAGCUCUGGCAGCUGUUGGUGCAGGUGUUGGUUGUGGUGUCUGAAUAACGUGGUGCUUGGCUACUCCGAGUUGUACGCGGCCUCUUGAACACACAGCGCUGUGGUUACACGCUAGAGUGUGUCUUUGGAGGGAGGAUUUCUCUCUAGCCCUGAGAAACCAGCAAAAUUUAACGUUUUUACUAGGUUGUUUCGGUUUUCCAUUUUUGAUUAGGUUCCAGUGGCCUUUUGGUGCAGUGACUGUUCCCCUCUCUUGCACAUAUUGAUUACCACAACUGGAGAUCCUCAGAUCUUUCAGCUGGCUAGGAGGGUUUUGUUCAAACUGUCCAAGUUACUGGGUUUUAUAAUUGUACGUAGGUGGUUUUAAAAUGCAUUAGGACGAAACACUAAUGACGUAGCACCCAUCAUGAUAAACAUUUCAAAAAGCACUUCGGGAAAGACAGUCGCGUGACAUCACGUACACGUGCGUGGUGACAGUCAGCUCUCCUGGACCAAACCACCUUCAUGAUACCAUUGCGUUCUGUGUUUGCAAUUCAAGCUUAAUUCCUUUUUUGUUCUGUUUGUUUCCAUAGCUUUUUUUUGUUGUGUUUUGUGCAUUUUGAAUAGCUUUAUUCACAUGGGUUUUUCAUGCAGACUUCCCUUGGACAGUAAAUCAAGUUGUUUGUGCACGUGAACAACUGAGAAUUAAUGUUGGCUUGAUAGAGUCAUAAUAUGGUUUGUAAUGUUGUUCUUCCCUGAGACCACUGGCUUGUCUGGUAUGGAAAAUUUAUUUAGAACUUCAGCUAUGUUUGAAUAAAGUUAAAAGUAAUCCAAUUUAUUUAUAAACUAAAAACAAAAGCCCACCCAGCCCUGAAAACCAGCACUUUGACAAACGGCACCAAGCUGUUUUCCCGCAGUGGGAUAACAAAUCGGCAUCGCUGCAGGGAGCAGGCGCCUUUGUUUUUAGUGCUCGGCCAUUGUUCUCACCUGCCUCGCAUUUAAAAGCUGCUCGGUGGCACGGAAGGUGGUUUGGUUGCAAAGGAACGUGGCUCCUACGUAAAGGCAGGGGCGCCGGCUGCCUGGCACUGCGGGAGGCGCGCUGGGGGGGGCGGUGAGCUAGACGCAGCGGCCGAGCAUGGUGGAAAGCGCGAGGCCGGCCUGGGUGCACCAAGUCUUUCUCCGCGUGAUGCCUCUGCUCUUUCCAGCUGGUUCGAGGUGAUGUCUGGUUCUAGGCACGUUCGCACUGAUGCUCCUCUUGGUCUUUGAAAACAAACGAAAGCAAGCCCAGUUUGCCCAGGACGACUGGUCACCAGAUGGAACUGCUGUCAGGUCCUCUGGGAACUGCCGAGGGGUGUUCAGUACAACCUAAGAAAACAACACUCCGAUUGUUGGUAUAACUCCAUACAUAUAUAUCUAUAUAUACAUAUAUAUAUCUGCAUAUGUAUAUCUGUAAUAUAGAUAUAUAUAUUUAAACCCUUUUCAUUCCAUUAGUACAAGUAACACUUGUUUCCUGUUAUUCUUAUUUUGUUUGUCAACCGUGUAUUUAAUCACUGGGCUGAACAACAGUGGAGGAAGGUGCGAGGGAUCCACUCCUUACUUACUAACCAGUGAUAAGAGCCAGAUAUUGCAACUUAACCCAUGAGUAGUUGCGCAGACAAGAAUUUAAGAAUGAUGUUAGAAACAACAGUAGUGGCCAGGGGUGCUGAAGAUACAGAACUACAAACAGGCAGGAGGGCUUCGAAGGAUGCCUCAGUUCAGAAACUGGUGGCUCAGGGAGGGCAAACGGCCUCUGAAAUGGAGCGCGGCCGGUAAAUCAGAACUGAGAAGCGUUUGUGUGGAGGCGCAUGAAAACAGAGGAUACAGAAAUGGGUAUUUACAAAGACACAGGGCUUGGCAGAAGUUGGAGGUAGUUUCCUGAGCUUAAUGCGUGGGACGGCAUCAGAGCUCAGGUAUCACAAUUCUGGUCGUUGGUACUUGUAAAUAAACCUCUGGACUUCCCAGUGGGGCGGUGAAUUCAGUACCGGGAGCGUAACGGUUGUCAUCAUUGGUCUGUAUCAGUCUCAACGUACAGUUGGUCUGUUUUGCAAGUACCUUAAGACUAGCACUAGUUUGUGUGUGUGCAUACGCGUGUGUGUUCAUCUUUUUUUUUUUUUUUUAAUGUGUUUUGUUGAUUAGUAAUCCAUUAGCAUUUUCCAUAGGGCUUUAAGUCCAGUAGAUUACGGGUAGUCAGUUGACGAAGAUCUGGUUUACAAGAACUAAUUAAAUGUUUCAUUGCGUUUUGUAAGUACAUAGAAUAAUUUUAUAAAAUGUUUGUAGUCUAUAAAUGCCUAAAAUAUAAUUUAAGGGCACUUUUCUGUGUCUGUGUAUGGGUGUGUCUGUAUGUGAUCAGUUUUUUUGAUGGUACCAGUUUACUAGCUAGCUUUACAAUAUGCCAAAAAGGAUCGCUAACGUGUCCAAUUCAUGGCGUGUCCCCCUACCCGCCCAAGCUUUGUGUCCCAGUAUAUAGCGAACGAAUAAAGGAGUUGGGGAAAUGUUCUGUAUCUUCAGUAUCCUGGUCUUCCAGAGCCCUCUGGUUGGGGUGGGAUCAUCUUAACUGGUCAUUUCGCUUUACUGUCUAGGGCAGUUAACUUAAUGGAUUACGAGAACCUCACUGGUCGGGGAAACAGAACGGGUUUUGCUGCUACCCAGUCUCACGUGUGCUGUUCAGUACCUGCUUUUCGCUGGCCGUGUGGUUUGAAGGACGCGACUGCAUAAGAGAAAGAGGGAAGAUGGUUUUCGUAAUUGCUAUUGAAGAACUAGGUGCAGAUUUCUUUACUUUAAAGUUCGUAUGCAGCCUCUAAAGACGCUGAGCACCGUUUGAAGCUUUGUUGCAAUGAGCAAGGCAGGGUCCCUAUUUAUUUUUAUUUAAGACUGUCGAAGAUCCCUUCCCCCUCACUCCCCCCAGAUUGGACUAACCACGUUGCUGAAGGGUUCCGAUGAUUUAGAUACUGUUUAAAAAUCAGCUCUUCUGUUUUCUGAACCAGUGAGGUUUGAGAUGAAAGGAUUGGCCAGAGUUCGUCUACCUCUGGGACAAAAACAAAACUAGAAAGUGCUAAGGAAUGGAUGCAGUUGCAAAUACAACAUUUUCCAAUUUUUCUUGUUUAAAUUUUUCUAAGAGAAAAUUAAACAAUAACAUGGCCAAUUUAUUACAUAAAAAGACUUGCUGUGUAUAAAUUAUUCCUAAAGAAAUUCCUGUGUUUAUAUUAAAAUGAAUCAGUAGAUAAAAAAAAAAUUUCAAAAUGUUUUUGUAUAUUCUGUUGUAAGAAUUUAUUCCUGUUAUUGCGAUAUACUCGGGAUUCUUUACAUUAUGAAAAGAAGAAACUUUGUCUAUUUUGAAUGGCUGAAGCUAAGGCUCCUUUAGUUUCUCUUACUCUGCUUUUUUCUAGUAGUUUCAGUACUACAUGAUUUAAGUUAAAUAAAAGAAUUCUGUAUGCA